AUGACUGCCGUCCUCAUCACUGGCGCAACAGGCAGACAAGGGGGUGCUAUUAUCAGAAACCUCAUCCUUUGCAAGGCCCAUUUCGAGAUUCCUGCCGUCACCAGGGAUCCAUCAUCCUCCUCGGCCCAGAAGCUGGCCAAGCUAUCCACGAACAUCAAGCUAGUCAAGGGUGAUCUGGACAGCCCGGGCGUCAUCUUCCAUAAUGCGAGACGCCCGACAAAAGCCCCUAUUUGGGGCGUCUACAGCGUCGCACUCAAGAACAAGGCCGAAGAAUCCCAAGGCAAAGCCCUGAUAGACGAGUGGAUCAAACAGAAAGUCAAGUUCUUCGUCUACAGUUCUGUUGACUGGGGCGGCGAAGAUCGCUCGUUCAAUAACCCGACAAACAUUCUGCUUUUCAUGAGAGAGCAUAACAUCGAGCAUCAUCUUGUGGAUCACACCAAGGAUGGCAACAUUGACUGGGUGAUCCUCCGUCUGACAGCCUUCUUCGAGAACCUUACCCCAGGCUUCCUCGGCAGGGUUUUUGCGACGUGCUGUGAGAUGGCUUUGACUGGGAAGCCGCUGCAGCUGGUCGCUACUAGUGACAUUGAUUUUUCGGCGCUGAAGCGUUCACCCACCCGGAGCAGUGAAGAGAAGGGCGAUUUCUCUUGCCUGUGA